UUGUACGACUUCGAAUCCAUCAUCGUCGAUAAUUUUCUCUGGUUUUGGCUGCUUUGGUUGGGCCGGUUGGGCUGGUUGAGUGUCUUGCAUGUGUUCAUCCUCGCCAUCGCUCUCAUCACUGUAAUAAGGAAUUUCCUCAUCCUCACCGCGAGUGAAACCUGAAACCUUCUUGUUCUUCUCUUUCUCGUAUUUUCCAUAUAACUCAUUACUGUAGGACAUAUCACCUACAACAGCUUCUGCCCAGGCUUUGCGUAAUUGUCCAGCGAUAUCUCUCGGGCUGCCAUCCUCAAGAUGUGCACCAAACUCAUCGAAGAAAGCCUGACUGAGUAUUUCCUCGGUGUCUAUAUAAUCUAAUCCACCUAUACUACCAUUUUGAUUGUUUGGUGGACGCUCCUCGUACAUAUCAACUACUACACCAAUCAACCAGAUCCUUUUAGCUUCAGAUUCUGGACCACCCCAGCUCUCAGCAACAGCCAUUUUGAGUGCAUGCCAUAAAUGUAGUAUACUUAUCGUCGAGCGUGCAAAUAUUCUCGUGUAGUCUGUCGGAUCUGCAAAAUUGUACAUGACGUGCGAAAACGACGAUGGUUGGGCUCUCUGCGAUAGCAAAAAGGAAAUUAGAGAGAACUAGGAGUGCGGAAGCGACGACGAGUAGUAUACAGGAUGAUGUUGACGCAGAGGAUAUAGCGAUAAAUGCCUUCUUUGUUGAUUCUGCUAUAGUAGAAGAGCAGCAGGAUAUUGAGAGUAGAAGCGAUACACCAAGGAAAACUAGAAAAAAAUCUAAAGCUACAUCCUCUACGACUAAACUUGGUGAUAAAAGUGGUAGUGAUUCCACUGAGGAUGUCACACAGAGACGGAAACGCAAGCAGAAAGCCCAGCAUUAUGACUACAAUUGCGUUUCUAACUUUGGUACCUCAGAGAGUACGACUUUGUUUGACAGUGAAUCUAUAUAUCUCGGUUUCGACAAUCACGCUAGUCUCAUCUUGGCCGGCAAGUUUCGACUUCAGGUUUUGAAAGGCUCACUUGAUAUAUUUGGGACUACAAUAAAUGCAUCAGAGGUCGUACAUAGCGUUUAUGCACCUACUUGCUAUCCACUCCCGACGCUUUCUGCUGGUACUGACAAUCCUACCACCCUUGAGGGCGUUCCACCUGCACUGGCACACAACAAUGCUGUCGUUAGACUCUCAGAACUCAAGGAUGGCUUGGAGACACUCGGUAAUGCUCUCCCAGAUUUCAAGAACACAUUUGAGGCACCAUACGAAGGUAGCUACGAAGGCUGGAACGCCGUCAAGGGUCUCUAUCCGAUUCUAGAAUCGACAUCAAACGUCUACGCUUACCUUCUCCCACCAUCCUGGACCAGUGCUGCCAAUAUUGCUCGCGAGAAUUCAUUCCGUUCGGCUGAGCCUUAUAUAGCUAUAGUGAAAGGAUGGAAGAACACAGGCAAGAGUGCUUUCUCGAGGUUACUAUCUAAUACACUCAAAAAUUCCCACAAGAAGGUAGCAUACCUCGAGUGCGACAUUGGUCAGUCGGAAUUCAUGCCAUCUGGCUGUGUUUCUCUGCACCUUCUGGAUGAAUAUUUGCUAGGCCCUGCAUUUACUCACCCGCGUAUACCCGCAAAAGCGCACUUUAUUGGUGAUGUGUCACCCGUAAAUGACCCAUCUAACUAUGUAGAUGCGAUCAAGGACCUUAUCGAGCAUUAUCAUAGUCAUAUUGCUCAUUCACUCAGCGAAGAUGGCGAUUAUACCCCGAUUCCGCUUGUUAUCAACACACAAGGAUGGAUAAAAGGACUUGGAGCAGAAUUGCUUGAGGGUAUACUCGCAGCUGCAGGCACGUACAACCUUGUGGAGAUGUCAGCAUUCGUCGAACAACCAUCUGAAGAAGAUAACGAGCGUAAAGAUGAUGAGUCGACUAUCAAGAUAGAUGCAAUUGCAACAGCUGAGAAUCCCAUGUUGAACAGAUACCAUUCAGCUGACUAUAGAAACCUGAUGAUGUCGACCUAUUUCCAUUCCAAGAUCCAAGAGAAUAAUCUUAGUUGGGAUUUCAGCUUGCCGUUGACGCAUAUGGUUCCACUCUGCGUUGACUACUGUGAUGAUCUGUCGUAUGUUUCUAUCAUCGAUGGCGAAGAUGUCGCUCUGAAACACACAUUAAUGGCGUUGAAUGCCACCGUUGUCGCACUCGUCGAAGGCGGCGAGAAUGUAGAUAACAAUGGGGAGCUACUUCGACGAGAUGAUCUGACAACUUUCAAACAAUCAAGGGUUUUGGGAUAUGGUCUCAUACGUGCAAUCGACAGUAAUGCCAAUCAAUUACAAAUAUUAACACCACUAGAUGUCACAUUAUGUCGCCGCGUGAACGUCCUAAUGAAAGGUAAGGUCGAUUUGCCAGUAUGCAGCCUUAUCGACUGGACCGACCGCGAUAUCGACUACGCGAAUGUCCCCUACAUCACAAAUGAAGUCGCGGUGGGUGAGGGUGCUCAAAAGCGCAAAGUGCGAAAGGAUAUACAACGGAAAGCUGCUAAUAACUAAUAAUACAUGCAUGAACUUAAUACUUAUAACGUGUCGAGUAGUCUUUAGGCGAUACAACUAGACCACGUCCUUUAGAGGCGCCCCUGUAGACUGUCUCUAUUAUGUCUAUCAUUUCUUGCUUACUAUCCAUCGGCCAAUUUAUCUUGUUAUUGUUACCGGUUCCAAGAUCGAUCAUAAUGUGUUUGUUUCUGUAGAAGAACAUGACUGUUACAUCGUCGUAGAGUUCAUACAUUUUAUUAAAAUCCGGUACGAGUGUGUUAUCGCAGAGGUAAAUCACACCAAAGUUUGCAACUCUCUCAGAAAUAUUAUAGAGUGUCUCGUCCAUGACCAUACAAUCAGGGUUUGAGUCCUUACCGAAGCGUAUGACGACCACUCUGUCGUCUUCUGAUAGUAUCG